AUGAGACAAGGAGACCCCAUCUCCCCGUUUCUGUUUGUGAUUGUGAUGGAAGCGUUGUCAUGUAUGCUCGACAAAGCAUGCGAGGAUAAGAUUUUGGAAGGGGUCCAGCUGCCCGAGGAUGGCCCUUUAGUGUCGCAUCUUUUCUAUGCUGAUGAUACGCUGAUUAUCGGGGAGUGUUUUAAGGAGAAUGUGGUCAACGUGGUCAGAAUUUUGAGAUAUGUCCAUGCGUGCUUGGGUUUAAAAAUCAACCUAGGCAAGUCUAAUAUCUACGGUAUAGGGGUCAACAGUUUCGAGGUUGAAGAUAUGUCGGAAGUGGUGGGGUGUAAAUCGGAUUCGUUGCCCUUCAAGUAUUUAGGUUUGACGGUAUGA